CUUUAUAUUUUACAUAUAAAUUUCAUUUACACCACCAACAUUCAUAGUAGCUCUUUUUCCUUUUCUGAUUAUUAAUAUUAUUUUUUGAAAGAUUACUGUUUUCUUUCAAACUUUUCUUCUUUUACCUUUUCAAACAAACUUCACUGUUCCUGGGCUGUCACUCUUCAGUCCGGUCUAGCCCAUCACGUCUUCAGAAAAAAGACUUUUAAAUAGCUUAUUCAACCGGCGAGGUUUCCCCCCUUGGCACGCCUGAAUCUGCUGAUAGAAAACAACAACAACAAUAGAUAGACAUCCUUAGUUUACUAUUCUUAUUAUUAUUUUCUUAUCUAGUUUAUAUUAUCUCUAUAUUAUCUCUAUUUCUUCAUACUUCAACAUACAUUUUCUUAUUAUUUUCUUACAAAAAUAAUAACCAAAACCAAAACAAACAAGCUCAAAAAAUAACUUGCUCGCGUCACAACCAAAGUUUUUUUUUCUGUUUCUUCUAUCCAACCUUUUCAUUUUUCUGUCAUGCACACCGAACUCGAUACUAUUGUCCUCAACCAGCGUUGCGACUCUCCCAUGGUCUCCAAGACCCUAGAAACCGCAAGACUCCCCAACAUCCCUGUCCUUAGUGUGUCGGUCAAAGACGCCAUCAAACAAAAGCUCGAUUCGAUCUCCCAGCUCAAGUGGGAAUCUGACCAGGAAAAUGCCUUUGUUGUCGGUGAUAUUGGUGAAGUCUACCGCCAGUUCCUUCGCUGGAAAGCCCUCUUGCCCAGAAUCGAACCAUUCUUUGCUGUUAAAUCUAACCCUGAUCCAAUGGUCGUCAAACUCUUGCAAUCACUUGGUCUGGGAUUCGACUGUGCAAGCAAGGCCGAGAUCCAGAUUGCUUUGGAAACCGGCGCUGACCCUAGCCGCAUCAUCUACGCCAACCCUUGCAAACAGGCAUCCUACAUUCGUUAUGCUGCCCAGCAAAACGUGGCCAAGAUGACCUUUGACAAUGCCGACGAACUCUACAAGAUCAAAAAGUUUUACCCCAAUGCCGAACUUGUCUUGCGCAUCCUGACCGAUGACUCAAAGUCCCUUUGUCAGCUUGGCAUCAAGUUUGGUGCUCCCCUGGAUACAGUUGACCAUCUUCUCCAGACUGCUAAAGAUCUCGACCUUAAUGUCAUUGGUGUCAGUUUCCAUGUUGGUAGUGGUUGUUAUGAUCAGUAUGCCUUUAGCGAGGCAGUCAACCUGGCCCGUGGUGUAUUUGACAAGGCUGAGGCAAUGGGCUUCAACUUCUCCUUGCUCGAUGUCGGAGGUGGUUUCCCUAGUGCCGAUGUCACAGAUGGUGUUACGUUUGAAAAGAUUGCUGCCGUACUUGGUCCUACCGUCGAUGCCCUCUUCCCUCCCAACAUCCGUGUCAUUGCUGAGCCCGGAAGAUACUUUGUUGCCUCUGCAUUCACUGUCUGUACAAACAUCAUUGCCCGUCGAUCCAAGAUCAACAAUGAACAACCUAGCUUUAUGUACUAUGUAAAUGACGGCAUGUAUGGUUCAUUCAACUGCAUCAUCUUUGAUCACCAAGUAGUCCAACCUCAUGUGUUGGCAAAGGACGGCCAUUUUGCGUAUGGCGAAGAACUUGAAGAAAAACACUACGAAUGUAGUGUUUGGGGCCCUACCUGCGAUUCGAUUGACUGUCUUAACAAGAAGACCACCCUUCCUCUCCUGUCGGAAGGUGACUGGCUCUACUGGAAUAACAUGGGUGCUUACACCGUCUGUUCUUCCUCCCAGUUCAAUGGCUUCAAGAGCCCCGAGAUUCUCUAUACAAAUACCUAUUGCUAAUUAUUUAUCUCUACUUUGUCUCUCUAUUUUAUUUUUAUUCUUAUACAUUUAUACUUUUUUAAAAAAAAAAGACGAAUAAUAAAUAACAAUUAAAGACAAAAGC